CUGUCUGGCUGGAAAGACCUGCAAUGUAGGCUGGGCUGGGCGAACAUGGGUUUCGCGUGUGUGUGUGUGUUUGAGAGAAAAGUGUUUCCCGAGCUGGCAGGGCAAGAAAAGAGUUGCGACCUCUUUCUUGUGUCUCUACCGUCGCUUCCGAGUCUCCCGCUUUAAAAAAAGAAAAGAAACUCGUCACUGGCUUGUUCUGUCCUCGCUCACCCCGAGGAGAAAGGAUUCCAUUUUUUUUUCUACGAAGAAACUUUCCUUAAAGGGAGUGACAAGGAGCUAGGUUUGAGGUGAGGUGUAUGUCAGGAUGGCUCAGUGGAACCAGUUGCAGCAGCUGGAGACCAGGUACCUGGAGCAGCUCUACCACUUGUACAGUGACAGCUUCCCCAUGGAGCUCCGGCAGUUUCUCGCCCCGUGGAUCGAGAGCCAGGACUGGGCUUACGCUGCCAAUAAGGAGUCGCAUGCCACACUGGUGUUCCACAACCUCUUGGGAGAGAUAGAUCAGCAGUACAGCCGUUUUCUGCAGGAGAAUAAUGUCCUCUACCAGCACAACCUGCGCAGGAUUAAACAGCAUCUGCAGAGCAAGUACCUGGAGAAGCCGAUGGACAUCGCCCGCAUUGUUGCCCGCUGCCUGUGGGAGGAGCAAAGGCUCCUGCAGACUGCCACGUCUGCUGCACAGGAUGGCCAGGCAGCUCAUCCAACGGGGACGGUGGUGACAGAAAAGCAGCAGAUCCUGGAGCACAACCUUCAAGACAUCAGGAAGCGGGUGCAGGAUAUGGAACAGAAGAUGAAGAUGCUCGAGAACUUGCAGGAUGACUUUGACUUCAAUUACAAGACACUGAAAAGCCAAGGAGAGUUGUCCCAGGACCUAAAUGGAAAUAGCCAGGCGGCGGCUACAAGACAGAAGAUGGCUCAGCUUGAGCAGAUGCUGAGUGCCCUGGACCAGCUCAGGAGGCAAAUCGUGACAGAGAUGGGAGGCUUGCUGACUGCCAUGGAUUAUGUGCAGAAGAACCUGACGGAUGAAGAACUGGCCGACUGGAAGAGAAGACAGCAAAUAGCAUGUAUCGGCGGUCCACCGAACAUCUGCCUGGAUCGCCUCGAAACAUGGAUCACAUCCUUGGCUGAGUCCCAGCUCCAGAUUCGCCAGCAGAUCAAGAAGUUGGAGGAGCUUCAGCAGAAGGUUUCCUACAAAGGGGACCCCAUCAUUCAGCACCGACCCGCCCUGGAGGAAAAGAUAGUGGACUUGUUCAGAAACCUGAUGAAGAGUGCGUUUGUGGUGGAACGACAGCCGUGUAUGCCAAUGCAUCCCGACAGACCCCUGGUCAUCAAAACAGGAGUGCAGUUCACAAAUAAAGUCAGGUUACUGGUUAAGUUUCCUGAACUCAACUACCAGCUGAAAAUUAAAGUUUGCAUUGACAAAGAAUCCGGCGAUGUGGCUGCAAUUCGAGGGUCACGAAAGUUCAACAUCCUCGGUACCAACACAAAAGUCAUGAACAUGGAGGAGUCCAAUAAUGGCAGCCUGUCAGCAGAGUUUAAACACUUGACCCUGAGAGAACAGAGGUGCGGCAACGGUGGCCGGACCAAUAGUGAUGCCUCUCUGAUUGUCACAGAGGAGCUGCAUCUCAUCACUUUUGAGACAGAAGUCUAUCACCAAGGUUUGAAGAUAGAUCUGGAGACUCAUUCUCUGCCCGUGGUCGUCAUUUCAAACAUCUGCCAGAUGCCCAACGCCUGGGCCUCCAUCCUGUGGUACAACAUGCUCACCAACCACCCAAAGAACGUAAACUUCUUCACCAAGCCUCCGGUGGGAACGUGGGACCAGGUUGCGGAGGUGCUAAGCUGGCAGUUCUCCUCCACCACCAAGAGAGGCCUGACAAUCGAACAGCUCACCACACUGGCUGAGAAAUUACUCGGGCCUUGUGUCAACUACUCUGGCUGCCAGAUCACAUGGGCCAAGUUCUGUAAGGAAAACAUGGCUGGUAAAGGCUUCUCCUUUUGGGUGUGGCUGGACAACAUCAUUGACCUGGUGAAGAAGUACAUCCUGGCACUGUGGAACGAGGGGUAUAUCAUGGGCUUCAUCAGCAAGGAGAGGGAGAGGGCCCUUCUGAGUCCGAAACCGCCCGGCACUUUCCUGCUCCGCUUCAGUGAGAGCAGCAAGGAGGGGGGCAUAACAUUCACAUGGGUCGAGAAAGACAUCAGCGGAAAGACCCAGAUCCAGUCGGUGGAGCCCUACACCAAGCAGCAGCUCAACAGCAUGUCAUUCGCCGACAUCAUCAUGGGCUACAAGAUCAUGGACGCCACCAACAUCCUGGUUUCGCCGCUCGUCUACCUCUACCCUGAGAUCCCCAAAGAGGAAGCGUUCGGGAAGUACUGCAGGCCGGAGGCAGCUCCUGAGCCGGAGAUGGGAGGAGACUCCACGAGCACUAUUCAGCCAUACCUGAAGACAAAGUUCAUCUGCGUCACGCCGUGUCCCUCCGUGUUCAUGGACUUGCCGGACAGUGAUCUGCUUGGGAACGGAUUCCCAGGCACAAACUCUGGAAACACCAGUGACCUGUUCCCCAUGUCACCGCGCACCCUCGAUUCUCUGAUGCACAACGAAGCAGAAGUGAAUGCGGGACAUUUGGAUUCGCUCACUCUGGACAUGGAUGUAGCAUCGCCUAUGUGAAGAGAUCUCUCCUUUGUUGGGAUUUGACGAUGGUUUUCCUACCACUCUGCCUGUACAGUUUGUUUCUUGUUCCUGUGUAGACGUUCGCACAGUAGGGAAUUGAAAGAUGUCCAUUUAAAAAGACAGUGCCACAUUUUUUCUUUCUUUCUUUUUUUCAAGCCUUUCACUGUACACCUGUACUUCACGUGUGUGGAACUGUCCAUCACUACUGACCUACUCACUGAACUUCCACUCAGUACUUCCCCAUCUUCAUAGAUGUCUUUUAAGUAUCCGGAAUUGUAUUUUUUUAAAACAUUGUACUGUGUGUUUGCGUUAUUGACUCUUGAAAAUGUUAAUGUAAUCUUUUCUUUCUUUUUUUUUCUUUGAAUAAGAAAAUGUAAUGAUAAUAAUUCUUGUAUAAGCUAUGCCGCUUUAGAAAUGUACGUAGUAGAAGAAUAUAAUUUGAUGCAUUUAAUUCUUUCUCUAUGUUUUUGUUUUGUAUCUUUCGGAUCCCUGCCAAAUGUCAUUGUCACAGCUGCUCCAAAAUACCUUGGUUGCACUUAAAACCGUUUUUACCCAAAACGUAAUAUUUGUCAUAUUUCUCAGAGCCAUUUUGAGGCAUUUUAAAAAUCUACAGAGAAGGAAAGACAAGGAGUUUCAGACCGUUCUGAAGUUAUUUACUUGUGAGCGUUGUAUCGUGAGAAAUUACAUGAUAUAACUUAUAAGUUGUUUGUGAUCCCGUGAACUGCACUUGCUUCAGAAAUUAACCUUGUUAUUAUUAUUUUUGUUUUUGGCUGAACUCACCUGAAAUGAUCAGAUACGUUUAGUAAAUCACUUUUUAUGAACAAUUCGUUUUAGAACUUGUUAUCGGACCUUUAACCUUUCACCCGGUUGCGUAAAUCUGAACCCACGUUUUUCCUGUAAAUCCAAGAAACGUUGUGAGGUUUUCUGUAAAAUAUGCUUUUAAGGAUUCAUGAUUUGACAGACGGCAAUAAAAACAAUUUGGAACGAAAA